AUGAAUUUUGCCAUUCUUACACCGUUAUUUUCACCUUUUUAUCGCCGGAAGUGGGUUCCGAAGUAUCGCAUCCGCUUCUGUCGUCGCACCUUCUGGGCUGGCGCCGUGGCGGGAGAAACAGCCGUGGAGGUGCCAGCAGAAACUUCCACAGGCGGCUUCACCCACUUCUUGGUCUACGCCUCAUCCGCGCUGGCGGAGCAGAGCACACCUGCAUGGCUCAGCAUCAACGACCGCCACGCCAGCGUCUCGAGUUUGCAGUUCGAGGACUUGGACCUGGAUCCUGGGGAGUUGGGUGGCCCUCUGAGUUGGGUGCCGGUCUAUGAUGUUGCCGCCAUCGCCAUGUACAACAUCUACCUGGCCACCGACUACUUCGGUAGCAACAGGCAAUUCCUGCUGUCCAGCACGAAGCCUGGAGCCGAUGUUCCGCCGGAGACGGCCCUCGGGAGUUUCAGCCAUCUGGUGAUCUACACCUCGUCGUCCUUAGCCGAGCAGAGCACUCCUGUGUCCUUUUUGCUGUCAGACGCCUUUGCCAUCGUGGCCAACCUGUUGGGCGCCGCAGAGACGAAACAUGUUCUCCGGGUGGGUGAGAAGUACCCGAAUUGGUCUUUGGUGGAUCUGGAUUUGGAUGAAACCGAUCUGGGAGGCACCUUAGAAUGGGAUGAACCCUUGGAGACUGCCAAGGUCACUCACUACAUGAUCUACUUCAUGAACGCCAACAACACCAAUGAAUCAGACACUCGCGACUUGGCACCACGUCGGGGUGCCUAUUUCGCCAACGUCUCUGUGGGUGUUGAUACGUUGCCAGUGCCACCUGAGACGACAUUGAGAGGCUAUGGCGGGUUAUCAGAGACCACCCACGUGGGCAUCUACACGUUGUCCACGUUGGUGGAGCAAAGCACACCGGCGAUACUGGAGAUCGUGGACGCCUACGCCACGGUGAUGGGCACCUUCUUCGUGGAUAAGGACUUGGAUGCCUUGGAAUUGGGCGGCCGAAUCAACUGGCAGUACCCCAGCGAUGUGUCCCGGGUGACCAACUACAACAUCUACCUGGCGCAAAGCAUGGAUGGCUUGAACCGUUCCCAACGUGGCAAUGUGGCAGGAGUAGACUUCCUGGACAUUCCGCCUGACACCGCCUUGGAGUCCUACUCGCACGUCUUGGUCUACACGGAGUCGUCGCUGGUCGAGCAAACGACACCUGAUGCGUUCCUUCUGAGCGACGCGGCCUCGAGCGUGCAAAACGUGAGCUUUCCCGAUGAGGAUUUGGAUCUGUUAGACCUCGGGGGUCUGUUAGAAUGGCUGGCGCCUGUGGACAUGUCCCAGGUGACUCACUACAUGGUGUACUUUGCAAAGCCCUUGGAAGACCCAGCCGCAUGUGUCAGCACUUACCUGGUGAACGUGACCAAUGACACCGAGCUCGUUGCGGUGAUCUCUGGCUCCAUGUCCUUCCAAUUGGAUGGAGCCUCUGCUGUCCAGGUGGAACAAGCUGUCCGUAGCACCCUGAGCAGUUCCCUCAAUGUGGCGCCGGAUGCCAUCAACGUGGUGAUUGUCAGUGGUGCUCGACGUUUAGAAGAACGACUGUUGGCGCAAAGCUGGACGGUGAGCUUUACCCUGGUGGUGCCCGUUGAUGCGGCCAGCAGUGUCAUCAGCGCAGCCAAUGGACAUAGUGCCAGUCCCAGUGCCUUUGCCAACCUGUUGGCGCCAGAGCUGAUCGCAGCAGGAGUGGCAUCCAGUAGCGUGGCGACGCUGCAGCUUCUGCAGUUCGCGGAGGUGUCGGUGCAGGUCAUCAAUGCAGAUCUGGCCCUGGGUUUGGUGUCGACAGCCACGACCACCACAGCCAACAAUUCCAACACCUCGGACGAUUCCGAUGCGGAUGAGGAUGACAUGCCAACUGUUCGCAGACUCUCAUCCUUGGUCUCCAUGGUGGCUGCGUCUGAUGUGCCGGGCAGUCUCUCCAUCUCCAAGGGCUGGUGCCGGCAGUUCAUCAUCCGCAACCCACCUGGUGAGGACAACGUGACGGUGGUACCUGACACGGCCAUUGGCAACUACACCCACUUCUUGGUCUACACGGCUUCCAGCUUGGUGGAGCAAACCACUCCCGUGGCCCUGGAGAUCUUCGAUGAAUUCGCCAGUGUGUCCAACAUCAGCUUCGUCGAUUUGGAUUUGGAUCUCCAGCAGUUGGGCGGAAACAUCUCCUGGCUGGAACCUUCGCUGACCCGUCGAGUGGAAGAGUAUUUGAUCUACUUGGCAGAAGACACUAUGGGUCUUCAAAGGUCGUUGGUGGAUCGAACAACUCAGGGAAGCACCGCUGUGGCCAUGCCUCCAGAAACAUCCCUGCAGAAUUUCACCUUCCUGCUGAUCGCCACGCGCUCGGCGCUGGUGGAGCAAAGCACGCCCAGCUUCCUGGGACUCGUGGACGAGGCGCCGGUGGUCUUCAACAUCAGCCUGGACGACUUGGACUUAGAUGAAACCGACCUUGGUGGUCGAGUCUCCUGGCAGACCAGUGAUGAUCGCCUGGUGCAGAACUAUGUCUUCUACUUUGCUUCCCCUGGAACCACCAGCUGCAGCGAUGUGUCGGAGGUGGCGACUGUGGCGGUGGUCUUCGGCAGCCUGAGCUUUGCACUCGAGGGGGAAGCAUGGCAGGUGGACAGCGCAACGAGGGCCGCCUUGGCAGCGGCCCUGAAGGUGGCACCAGAGCAAUUGGCGGUGCGGCUGAGGGAUACCUCGCGGCGACUCUAUGAAUCUCGCUUGCUGCCUGUUUGGCACUUGGAAUUCCAGGUGCUUCUGCCUCCCUGGACAGAACUGGAUGGCGAUGUGGUGAAGAAAUUGCAGAGCAAGGAGCACCCGCUGCUGGCUUCGGCGAAAGAUCUCCUUCUGACCACUGAGCGCGUCCAGCAGGUAGCAGUUGAUACCGCACGAGAGAUGUUGAAGCUGCUAGACCCGUGGGACAGUCCCGCUUCGUCGGAGCGUCGCUUGACGGCGUCGCAGGAAGGCGGCGCGGCGCUGUGCCGAUCUAUGCUGAAGACGGUGCCGGUUCCUGCCAGCCAGUUCGACCUAGCACCGGAGCAAUCGAGUUUGGUGGAACAGACCACACCCUUCGCGCAUGUCAUUGUGGAUGUCUUUGUGGGGACGUGUUUCAUCGAUGCAGCCCAGGCGAGCGUCUCUCAGAUUCAGUUCCUGGAUCUGGACUUGGACUUGGAUCAAUACGGCGGUACCAUCUCCUGGUCCGAACCUUCUGAUCUGGCAGCGGUGCAAAUCUAUCGGCUCUACUUCAACAACUCGGCAGGCCGUCUGGCCAUCGGCAGUGCCUCUCCUGGCAGCAGCAGCUUCGCGCUGCCGGCGGAGAUGGGCUAUGAAGGAGGCGAGAUCCUGAUCUACACAGCCUCCAGCCUGGUGGAACAAAGUACCCCAACUACGGCGGAGCUAUCGGAUACGCUGGCAGUCAUCGGCAACGCCACCUUCCCGGACUUCGAUUUGGACGCCACGGACCUGGGAGGAACGCUCCAAUGGGAGCCGCCCAACCGGGACGUGUCCAAGGUUUCGCAUUACAUGAUCUACAUGGCGAGGUACUUUGAGAACGGCACCGGUUCGUGCGACGAUGGAACUGCUGUGAAUCUGGCGGCCUCCAUCAGUGGUUCCGUGACCCUGCAGCUGCCAGGGGUGGAGGAGAGCCAGGUGGAAACUGCCGUGCGCGCCACAUUGCUGGCGGCAUUUCCAGGUCUGAACUCAGAUGCCCUGCUGAUCAGCGUGGUCCUGGUGACGGGUCGCCGUCGUCUUGAAGCUGUGGAAGGCCGUCGCUUGUCGAGCUUGUGGGAUGUGUCCUAUCAGGCCACCCUGCCCUUGGUGAAUGUGGUUGCUGCCACCAGCACUGCGAAUGCCUUCAGCGAAGACGUGGCGUCCUUUGCUGAGCUCUUGAAGCCGGAACUGCUGGCGGUGGGCGUUCCCAGCGCAGUGCUGGACAGUGGCUUUAGCGUGAUGUCGUUUUCGCGCCUUGCCAUGGACAUCGUUGACAGCACAUACCUGGCAGCACACUUUGCAGAUCUGAUGGCUGCUGCGAAUCAAAGCGACACCUCAGACGAUGAGGAGUACAGCGAUGGUGUUGGCAACUCCUCCAGACGGCUGAUUGCCGAAGGUCGUCGCUUGGACUAUGUGGGCUCCAUUUUCUCGGUGAGUCUCAGCUGGUGCCGGCGUUUGGCAGGAACUGCUCCGCUGGGCAGCAACAGCAUGACGGUUCCGCCGGAGACGGCUUUGGGCAACUACAGCCACUACCUGAUCUACGCCGCGUCCUCCCUGGCAGAGCAAAGCUACCCCCUGGCGCUGCUGAUCGAUGACAGCGACGCCAGUGUCUCUUCCAUUCGCUUCCAUGGGCAGGACCUGGACUUCUACGACUUGGGUGGUGACUUAACCUGGCUGCCGCCCAACGACACGGAGCGGCUGAAUGCCUAUUUGGUGUACCUGGCGGAAGGUGCCACCGGUCUGGGCAGAUCGCAAUUGGGCUCUGCACUGGCACCGCAGGUGCUGAAGCUGCACGUACCCAGCAACACCGCCAGAGAGAACUUCACCCACUUCACCGUCUACACCCGUUCCGUCCUGGUGGAACAGACCACUCCGGCCUUCCUAGCGAUUGCGGACGAAGCCUCGCGGGCCAACAAUGUGUCCUUCACCGACGAUGACUUGGAUCCUGGGGAGAUCGGUGGCAACCUGACGUGGGUGGAACCGGAGGACUACAGUGAGGUCUUAGACUAUGUGAUCUACAUGGCCGAGGAUCGGUUUGGCACCAACCGAAGCCUCUUGGGCAACGUGAGCUUUGACACGUAUAGUUUCUUGGUGCCAGAGAACACACCACUGCUGCGGCACACGCAUUUGCUGGUCUAUGCUCGUUCGGCCUUGGAAGAGCAGACGACCCCGGCCUCGGUGGUGAUUGUUGAAACGCUGGCCAUCGUUAGCAACGUCUCGUUCCUGGAUCUGGACUUGGACGCCAACGACCUGGGCGGCCGCGUGACCUGGGACCGGAGCACUGCGGCCUCGGAGCGCGUGCGGAGCUUCGUGGUCUACCUGGCCGAGUCGUUCAUGCCUGUGGCAGGCCGCUUCGAACUCAGUGAGCUGAGUUCCAACGUGGAGACCUUGGACGUGGCACCCGAGACGCCACUGAGGAAUUUCUCGUAUCUCUUGGUGCCUUGGUGCUGGAUUGGCCAAUGGGUCUUCGCCAAAUCGGCCCUGGCGGAGCAAACGACGCCGGCGGCCGUGGCGUUGGAGGAUCAGGCGGCCUCGGCCUCGAGUGUUGCCUUCUACGACCGCGACCUGGAUGAGGGCGACAUUGGGGGCGUGCUGCAGCAGUGGCUGGCACCUCUUGAUGCCUCCCUGGUGCAGUUCUAUGAAGUCUACUUGGCCAAUGGGACCUUCAACCACUGGAACAGACAGCAUCAGAGCACCAUUCCUGUGACGCAGCAAAGUUUGGACAUCCCUGCGGAAACCACGCUGACGCUUGACGUGUCGGGUGGUCUGCUGACCAAUGUGCUGGUCUACACCAGGUCCACCUUGGUGGAGCAAAGUACACCCAGCAGCCACGUCAUCGUGGACGAGUUCGCCAGCGUCUCCAACGUCCUCUUCACAGAUUUAGACCUAGACCCUGCAGAGCUGGGGGGUGUGGUGUCAUGGGCCCCUCCACCGCUGCAGCUGGUGCAGAGCGUCCAUCUCUACCUGGCUGACUCCGCGGAUGGCCGCGGAUAUCGCUCCCAAGUGGAGCAGGGCGUCAUCGCAUCUCGCUGGAGCGAAGCGUUUAUGAUGGCCAAUGACACCGACCUGGACCUUCUCUACGACACACAGAAGGAGAACUUCACCCACCUGGUGGUCUAUACCAGGUCUAGUCUGGUAGAGCAGACCACACCGGUGGCACGGUCGUUGUCGGAUGUCGCGGCCAUGGCAGCGUGAUGAAAUAUGUCUCCAACGUCAGCUUUUUGGACUACGACUUGGACCUGGGAGAGCUGGGAGGUCCCAUUUCGUGGGACGGCAGCGAUGUGGCGGAAGUGACAAGCUACGUGGUCUAUGUGGCCCGCGCGGCACCAGUCGUGGGUGAGGCGCGUUUCUGCCAACAGCCCUGGGAGUCUUCCCGUGCCACCACAGCAGUGGUGGCGAUGCCCU